GAUCCGUUCCCCUGCACCAGUUGUGAUUGCUGUGGUUGCUCAUCUGCUGCUGUGACCGGGCUCUUUCACUUGGUGACUGGGAGGCUUCCUCACCUUCCUUUAAUGCUUGUGUGGAAACGAGGUGCAGACAGAUUUCACAUGGGUGCCUGCUUUGUCAAGUACCAUCUCACAUUCUGGGCUGUGGGGUGAUCAUGGGAAGGUUGAAGUUGGCUUACUUUAAGAUUUAUUUUAUUCCCUUCACAAAAGUUCUGAGGAAAGGCAAAGGGGAGGUUUUUCUUGUGUAUUGGAAGCUCUGAAGUCUGAUGAUUAUUUGUCUUGACUUACCUUGAGUUCUCCAACAGCUACAAACCACCGCUGGCUUGUUUGGUCUCUGGAUUUUAACCACGCUUUGUGUCUACGCUGGUAUCUGCAGCCAGUUUUCUCUAUAACUCCCAUCAUCAUUAAUGGUUGCUAAGAUUGUGUACAUCUGCAAGUGAUACAUAGAGGCCUUUGGCCCUCCAAGUGGAGGGUUGACUUCUAUUGUCAGAACUUGAUUUCAUUGGAGGUAAAGGCAUAAGCUCUGCUUCAGUACAACACCCUCUCACCCCCAAAGCCUUUUGGCACAGGUAGCUGUAGCUAAAGGUGGUUGGUUUGGUGCUCUCACUAGACUGGUAAACUCUGCUAGACAUGAAAUCUAAUUCACACUGUUUUCACAGUAAACUUUUGACACUGGAAUAAAAAUGAUUUUAAAAGAGCAGUUCAGUAAUUGCAAGCUUCUUUUUACCAUAUAUACAUCAUAUUGGUGCAAGGUUGGGUGAAGUUGCAACUGAGCAGCUGAAUAAAAUAACAUGCGCAUUCUUGCAUCGGAUUUACUGACUUGAUUUCAAGCAAUCUCACAGACUACUUGUAACGUUAUGCAAAUAUGGCAAGUAUGUAAUCAGAGAAGUCUGUAUCUAGUUCCUUCCUUGCCUACAGCACUAAUUUUUGGGGCUUUUGUGUUCCCGUGUCCUAGAUUCAUAAAGCAGUCCAGAUGUUCCAUCCUGCAGCUGUAUAGUGUACUAAGUGACUACGCCUUAAAACGCUUCUGUGGUACAACUAGAGGUGUAGACAGGACACUUUGCUUGGCAUGAUUUAUAUGCCCUUUGUUCCUAAACAAGGUUUGAAGUUAUGCUCAAUAAAAUCACUAAAAUAUUGUCUCAAUUACUUUAAUUUUUACUUAUUUUUUUAAUAUCUUGAACAUACUCAUGUUUGCUUAAGUAUCACUUUCUGGCCCUGUUAGCUUUGCAUGUGUAUAUUCACUUCAGUGCAUUACCAUUACAGAACAGCUUUAUAAUGGCACUGAAUAUUACAAAUACUCUUCACAGAUAUAUUUUUUUUCCUUUUAAAUAGCUGUUACAAAAAACUUUGUUGCACCCACACAUUCUCUUAUACUUUACAAGGAUUAGAAAAAACUGUGCAGUGUGAAGUGCCCAUCUUUACUCAGAUUUAUACCUUGUAGUUAAAGCGUGCUUAUCAUGUCACUGUACAGGCUGCAGACACUGAACCAUGAUGAUAUUUAGGGCACUUGUUUGCAAACUUAUCUCUAUGCAGAAGUAAGCAAAGGGAAAGAUCUGAAUAAUUGGAAAGGCUUUGAUUUCAAACACACAGAAAUAGUUUGGUAAGGAAAGCAGGGCAUGAAAGACAGCCAACAAAACCAACAAAUACUGUUGCAGUGUGUUGCACCCACCCAGCUGUCCUGCAUGCUGUAAUAGCUAAAGUAAAUCUUAAACAAAUGCUGAUUUUACAUAUAUGUAUGUAUAUAUAUUUUAAUUUGAAGAGUUGGUGAGCGAUCACAUAGUUGAAUUUUUGCAUCUGAAGUUAUAUUAAUUUCCUAAGGACAAUUCUGUGUUGUUUUUCUUCAAGUGUUUUCAGACAUGAGCAGUGAAGAAAUAAUAAUAACGAAGUGUUUGCCUAUCUAAAAUGAAAAAUGACUCUGUUGGGAUUUUCUGUGCAAAUUAGUGCUGAUUUUCUCCCCUAGCUUUCCUCCUUUAUUGAGAUUCUGAGAGUCCUUUACGCCGUGGCCUUAAACAUAACAAACAAAUCAUGGUUUGCAACUCCAGUUGUGUUGGCAGUAAUUCCUCUAUGCAAACAAGAAACACAUUGAGGGCGUCCUGUUUAAUCUGCGUUGAGAAUGCUGUUUUCCUCCUGAAUCUCGAAUUUACUUUUGGGAGUGGACUGUUUCCAUGAUGUUGUCUUUCUCUUGCUUUACACAAACUACAUCCAAUACAAUUCCAUUGUAGGAGCUCUUCACAAAUCGCUUGCUCGGUCAUUCCAUCAGAAGAGAUCUGGGUGCAACUCUUCCAUCCUUGCUGUUGCACAGUACUGUGAGUUUUUGUUGUGUCAGUUAAGUGGGCUGACAAGGUGGCUUGAAAAUAAAACAGCGGAAGAAGAUGUUCCACAUUGUUCAGUAUCGAUCUCUGAGACUGGUAACCCAAACCAGACUUUCUAAAAUGUGUUUAAAACUGAUGUUUUCAAGGCUGGUAACAUUUGAACGGAUAUCAAAGUCGUGGUUCUCGAGCCAUUCUCUUAUUGGAAAUAAAAAUAUUAUCCUGAUGGGACCUCCGGGUGCUGGGAAAACAACAGUUGGGAGAAUAGUAGGUCAGAAACUAAAUUGCCCUGUCAUAGAUAUAGAUGAUGAUGUCCUUGAAACAACCUGGAAUAUGAGUGUGUCAGAAAAACUGCAGGAUGUUGGUAAUGAGCAAUUUUUAGAGGAGGAAGGAAAAGCCCUUCUGAAGUUUUCAGCAUCUGGAAGUGUCAUUUCCCUUACUGGGUCCAAUCCAAUGCACACUGCUGGCAUGCAGCAUGUGAAAAGAAAUGGAAUAGUUGUGUAUCUUGAUGUGCCCACCACGGUCAUUAUGAGCCGGCUGAAGUCAAUAAAAGUGGAUCGCAUUGUGGGCCAGGGUCCUGCUGCUUCUCUCAAGGACAUACUUCAGUUUAGGAAGCAGUUCUACAGGAGGUGGUAUGAUGUUCGUGUUCUUUGUGGGGGCAAUAUGGCACCAGAAGUUGUAGCAGAAAAGGUGCUUGAUGCUGUGAAGAGAUACCAAAACUCAGAAGUGGAUACUUACGUUUCAACUAGGAGUACACAAAAAAACUCUCACAAGUAUUUCAGUGAUGUUGUUAUUGAAGGCUUAGCCUCGGAUGGAGGACUCUUUGUCCCAGAGAGAGGACUUCCAGAGUUGACUGCUGAAGAAUGGCAAACGCUGGUAGAAGCAACUUAUGCUGAAAGAGCCCAGGUGAUACUCGAGAGAUGCAUACAUCCUGCUGAUAUUCCUGCUUCUAAACUGAGAGAAAUGAUUGGAACCGCAUACGGAGAAAACUUCACUUGUUCUAAAAUUGCCCCAGUUAGGCAUUUGACAGGCAAUCAGUUUCUCCUUGAGUUAUUUCACGGACCAACAGCUUCAUUUAAAGAUUUUGCAUUACAGAUGAUGCCACAUAUAUUUGCAUACUGCAUUCCCAGGAGCUGCAAUUACUUGGUUCUGGUGGCUACUUCUGGUGACACGGGGAGCGCCGUCCUGGAUGGCUUUAGUCGUCUCCAUGACACUGACAAACAGAGAAUUGCUGUGCUGAGUUUUUUUCCCGAGGAUGGAGUAAGCCCAAUUCAGAAAUCACAGAUGAUUGGUUGUCAGAAAGAGAACGCCUGGUCAGUGGGUGUCAGAUCCGAUUUUGAUUUUUGCCAGACCGCUAUGAAGAAAAUCUUUACCAACUCUGAUUAUACUGGCUAUCUUACAGUAGAGUAUGGCACUGCUUUAGCAGCAGCAAACUCCAUAAACUGGGCACGACUGCUUCCUCAGGUAGUUUAUCAUGCCUCUGCAUACCUCGACCUUGUUCAUCAAGGUAUUAUUGCAUUUGGAGACCCUGUAGAUAUUUGCAUUCCUACAGGGAACUUUGGCAACAUAUUAGCUGCCUUGUAUGCUAAAAUGAUGGGAAUCCCUAUUAGAAAAUGCAUUUGUGCUUCCAACGAAAACAAUGUUUUGACAGACUUUAUAAGAACAGGUCUUUAUGAUUUGAGGGGAAGAAAAUUAGUUCCAACUUUUUCACCAGCGGUAGAUAUUUUGAAGUCCUCCAAUCUUGAGCGAUACUUGCACCUGAUUGCUGAUGGUGAUGGACAGCUGGUGACACAGUUAUAUAACCAGCUGGAAAAUCAGGGCCACUUUCAGCUGCGGGAAGACUUACUUGAAAAGCUUCAGCAGGAUUUGGUGGCUGGGUGGUGCUCUGAGGAGGACUGCCUUGCUGUCAUUCACUCUGUCUACAGCACUACAGGAUAUAUUCUGGAUACACACACAGCUGUUGCUAAAGUAGUCGCCGAUCGAUUACAAGAUAGAACUUGUCCAAUUAUUAUUUCAUCUACAGCUCAUUAUUCUAAGUUUGCACCUGCUAUCUUGAGGGCCUUGAGGAUUACAGAAAUAAAACAAAACCCAUUAAGUCAGCUUCACUUGCUGAGUUCUUACAGCCCUCUGCCUCCUGUCCACUGGGGCCUAUUAGAGACACUGAAAAAGAAUGAGAAUGAGGGUCACCGGGUCUGCGCUGCUGAUCUAAGUAUGUUGAUGUCUUGUAUAGAAACCUUAAUUCAAAAUCAUUUUAUGAAAGUUCUCUGAGCAACCGGUCAGAUGUGUACUGUGUCAUUAGUACCUUAACAAACUGCAUGUUUUAAUAAAAUCAUGAUUUAUCUCGCCUGUGUCCAGUUCACGGCAUAACACCUGCAGUUGUAUACUCAAUUGUCAGGUUUUCAGCAGUAUUAAGUAAUGCAUUUCUAGUAGCACUGAAUGGUUCUGAAUGGAUAGACUGGAAACAUGGAGUAUGCUUACGGGCCAUGUAUCUUAGGACAUUACCAGUGCAGGCUUUCCUUGACAGAGCGUUCUCCUUCACAAGCUGAAGCAUUCUUCUCUGGAGGAGGGAGGUAAUGAAGGCUGACCUUGCUGAAGCUAAUGGCUCUAGUUUUGUUGCAAGAAUGAUGUCAUCACCUGACCAGGGGGUGAUUAGUUAAAGUUUAACUCACUUCACUUACAACACCAAAACACAGUAAAAUAGAGAUGAUGCUCAAAUAUUACUAGUGAAGUGUUAUUUCUCUAUAAAGAUUAAAGCAUAUGUAUUCUGUUAA